AUGGCCGCGUCCACGGCGAGAGUGGAAGAAGUUACAGGAGCUCUGGAGGCAUGUUUGUCAGGGCUCGGGUUUGAAGUUCAUCUUCUGAAGGUGGGCUGGUAUAACGCCGUCCUGCCUCUGUCCUUCGCUCUGUCGUAUCCUGAUGACACGCUGGCCGUGGUUAUCUUCAGCAGGCCGUCCAUGUUCGAAGAAGCCUUCCUGCCCUUCAUAAAGGGGCGGGGCUUUAAGGGUGCAUCUGACCCCAUCGAUCAGUGUGUGAGGCAGUGUGUGUCGUCCACUGUGUCCAGGUGUUUCCAGGGACAGCAUGUGGACGUGAUGUAUGACUAUGAACUGCUGCCUAGCAGGAGGCCUCGGUUCCUGGCUCAGACAGCAGCUCACGUGUCUGGAGGAGCAUUCUACUACCAGCAGAGUGACGUCACAGAUCCACCAUGGAAAGACAGAAAGAUGUUUGGGGUGUGCAUUCACCCUCGGUUCGGGGGCUGGUUUGCGAUCAGAGCUCUGCUGGUGUUUGUGGAUGUGAGCGUGAGCUCUGACAUUGAGCAGCCUCAUCCUGUAGACUGUGUGCCGAGCAGAGAGGGCCGGAUCGAGCUGUUGGAGGCUUUCAACCUCCGCUGGCAGGACUGGAGCUACAGGGACGCCAUCCCUCCGGUUGAGUCGUACUCUCAGACACAGAGGGACUACUUCUCCUGUCCUCCCUCUGGGCGGCUGGCUCUGCUGAGGUCGUGGGGUUUCCUGCCAGAGAAUGAAGGGGCUGAAGUGACAGCAGAGACGACGCUGAAUGGACACGGCUGACGGAGAGGGGGGAAUACAUGCAUAUUCUCUACUGAUGCUGGAAGGACUUUAAAUUAAACUUUAUUUAAACUCUGACAGAGAGAUGUCAUGUCAGUGAACCUGUUUUAAUGUAUGUGGGAAACUUUUUCAGGUGAAGUUCUUUCCAGGUGUUUUCUGUUAAACAGUUCCUGUGAUCGUUGAUCACGUUGUGUACAAAUAUUUAUUUCAAUCUGUACAUCACUUCUGCUGCUACGCAUGAUUCAUGCCUGUUUUUAGUGAAAACACUACAGUCUAAAUCACACUACAGUCGUCACAAUGCCAGAGUUUAAACCUCAAGAUGAUACUGGUAAAAAGAAAGCUAACAGAAGUCCACAGAAGUCCUUGUCAUUUCUGGUUCUUAAGUGUCAGAAAUUACAGGUAAACUUCUGCUCUGUCUAAAAUGUACAAAAACACUGCCUUCAGAUUUUAAUGGAUCAUUCCUCUCUCUGUUAUGAAACAGAUGCAGUUUUUUUUUUUCAAAAGUUUGGUACCUUUCAAAACUUUCAAUCAAAAUAAUAGAGAUUAUAGUAACAGAGACCAGAACCGUGUACUGAGGAAAUCCACUCCAUCCUCAGAACCAUAUUGAUAAUGUUUUCAUCAUCACAGCAGAAAAAAUAGAAGUCCAAGGCACCUAAAGUUGGGGAAUUUAUUGGGUAAUUUACAGAAACAGUGCAGAUGUUUUAUGCAACUAUUUAGACCAUGUUUAAAGUUUAUCUGCAUAUUUGAUAACCAUAUUUCUUUCAUAUGCAUCUGUCUUAUCAAAUUCAUAUAAUUGUCCACAGUAGAGUACAUUUGGAUACCAUUGGUCAUUAAAGAAGUAUCUAAACUGUGACAACCAUUCUUUACAGGAGUUCAUGUCUGAUUUCUGUCUUUGCUCUCAGUCUUUACAUCACAGUGAAAUAAGAAAAUAAAUUUUUUACUGGUUU